CUUGUAGUUGUUAUGUAGGUGCUUUUGAUGUUGGGUUUCUUGGUGGCUAAGGAGGUGGUUGAUGCUAAGCUUGGUGACGACUAUGAGGAAAGAACUAUAAUUGACUGUAGAGAACUGAAGAGGAUGAGUUCAGUACAGAUCGGCUAUCGGUAUUUGCUCUCUCGAAUAAGGUAUGAUGAUCUACUUCUUCUUCUUGGUGUUUCGGCUGUUCUCUCUCUCUCUGAAUUCUUGUCAAAGUUGCAACCUUUAUCUUGUACCACCAUUGCAAUGUCGGUUUUGAGACAAGGGCUGGUUAUUAUGGUGAAAACAGCAGAGACGCAUUUGCUUGGAAUGUGAACUGGAGGUCUGUUGCAGGGGUGUGAAAAUGGCAUCAUUUUUACGGCGGUGAAACUCACGCCCCUAACGUGGCGCGUGUGAUUUCCAUUUCAUGGCAUGCUCACUCUGGGCCGCUUACGGAAGCCCAUCAAUCCAAUUAUAAAAAUAGUUACAACAACAAUGAUAACAAUAAAUACCACUUACAAUCAUUUUUCAGAAAAUAAAAAAAUGUUUUUUUUUUGUAUAUUUCACAAAAUUUCUUCUAUUUGGCAAUGAUGAUGAUUCCAUAUUGAGGCGUAAAUGGUGGAGAGAAAUGUGGCAGGAAUUGCUGAA